AUGAUCGCCUUCAAACUUGGUCUCAUCUUUCUUGCACUCCUCUUUGCUUUUCUAUUCGUUUCUAUUCCGGUGCACUGUAAUGAUAAGGAGGACAGUGUAUUUAAGGGAAUCAACAGUUACAGACAGACACGGAACCUGGCACCACUGAACCGAGUUACCAAGGCAACUUGUUUGGCUGAUGAGGUUGCAGAUGAAAUAGAGGACAUGCCCUGUGAAAAUGUGAAUCAAUUCUACCCUGUUCCUGGUAUUGGUGGCAACCUUAAAAUCCGCAACUUGAAGAAACACAUAGAUAAGUGUGACAUUAACAUUAGCACUACUAGUGAUGGGGUCAUUCUCCCCGUUUGUGUAGCAAAAUUGGAACCCACUAUUGUGCUUUCUAAUUACACUCAUUCUGAUCAGUAUGCACAGUUUCUCAACAAUUCCAAGUACACAGGAAUUGGGCUUGGUUCUGAGGAUGAUUGGAUGGUUCUUGUUCUCACCACCAACACAACCACUGGAAGUUUCUCUCAUGCAACUUCUCUGCUUCCUAAUGUUGCUUCCGUGGAGGUUUUGCUCUUGGCUUUGCUGCUUGUGCUCAUCAAUUACCAAGACUGA